UUGUUACAGAUAAAAAAUGCCAGCGUAUGACAAUGAGGGGGCGACGAUAUCCAUGGAGGAUGUCAGGCCUCCAGAACAGCCGAUCACCAUCAGCACCAUUGAAGAGGAGCUCAUUGCCAGAAGACAUAAGAUGUUUAAGACACAGAAGUCUACCGUAGCUUCAAGGAAACAGCAGGCGGUGUGCGUCAGAAGGGCUCACAAGAGAUACGGUACACAGAAGAAUCCUAACAUCAUUCUUGAUGGAUUGAAUAUGACAGUUCCUAAGGGAGCCAUAUAUGGUCUUCUCGGAGCAUCAGGGUGUGGAAAGACCACCUUACUAUCCUGUAUCGUAGGUAGACGAAGACUGAACUCUGGUGAGAUCUGGGUGCUAGGUGGAAAACCUGGCAGUCCUGGAAGUGGAGUACCUGGACCUAGGAUCGGGUAUAUGCCUCAGGAAAUCGCCUUAUUUGGUGAGUUUUCUAUUAGAGAGACCCUGAUAUACUUUGGGUGGAUAGCUAACAUGCCAACCAAGGACGUGGAGGAACGAAUUGAUUUCUUGAUCCAGCUGCUUCAGCUGCCGAAUCCUACCAGACAAGUCAAAAACUUAUCUGGAGGUCAACAAAGGAGGACAUCAUUGGCAGCAGCUUUAAUACAUGACCCUGAACUGCUGAUCCUAGAUGAACCAACUGUCGGUGUAGACCCUGUUUUACGGCAGAGCAUCUGGGACCAUUUGGUGGACAUCACCAAGGGCGGACGUACUACAGUCAUCAUCACUACUCAUUAUAUAGAUGAGACUAAGCAGGCUGAUAUUAUCGGACUCAUGCGAGGUGGUAGAUUCUUGGCAGAAGAAUCACCAACGGAACUGAUCCGCCGAUACCAGGGGGAGAGUUUAGAAGACGUUUUCUUGAAGCUGUCAGUGCUGCAAAACUUGGGCAAGAGGAGAAGAUCAAGUAUCCUGGCUGAUGUGGUUGAGAGAGUCGAGUUGCCAGCAAUACCUAACCCAGCAGCAGUAGACUUAGAAGAAGCUGAAAUUGGUGAAAUAUCUGGUGAAUUCGGUGACAACGUGUCCAUGAGCAGUAAAGGGCGAGUGGUAGUGACUCCUGAGCUGAUCGCUCCCAUAGAAGCUAUGCCCCCAGAAGAGAAGCCUCGAAGAAGUAUGGAAAUGUACAUGCCGAUGAAAUGGCAUCACAUGAAGGCGUUAAUUUGGAAGAAUUUCUUGAGUUUGUUCAGGAAUUUUGGCGCCUUGGCCUUCCUUCUCGGUCUCCCAGUAUCUCAAAUGAUAUUCUUCUGUGUCGCCAUUGGUCACUACCCUGUCGGCUUGCCGAUAGCCGUGGUGAAUUACGAAGUCAACUCAACGGAUGCUCUCUGCGAUUAUAAUAAAAACGUCUGCCCUCAAGAUCCAAAUACGUAUGAAUGGAAUCUAACAAGAUUUAGUUGUGAAUAUCUGGACUUUUUGUCGAAAAGACAAUCGAAUUUGAUAUUAUACCCAACCAAAGAGAUAGCUAUGAAUGAGGCCCGACAUGGUAAAGCGCGUGUAGUCAUGGUGUUCCACUCCAACUUCUCCGAGUCUUUGCAGCUGAGGAUCACAGACCCUAGACAUGCAAACUUCUGGACAGUCAAGAACUCCGAUAUUGAAACCCAUAUGGAUGAUACAGACAAGCAAGUAGAGUGGAUGUUGUCCAGAGACAUUCAGCUGGCCUUCAUGGAAGCCACGGAGCACUUGGCUAAAAUCUGCGACCUGCCUGCGAGGAUCAUGUCCAUUCCAGUCACUUUCAACAAACCAAUUUAUGGUCUCGAGGUUCCUAACUUGACUGACUUCGCUGGACCUGGUGUCAUUCUAACAAUCGUGUUCUUCUUGGCUGUGGCUCUGACUUCAGGCUCCAUGUUGGCCGAGAGGAAUGAGGGUAUCCUCGAGAGAUCACUCGUUUCUGGUAUUACUGGUACCGAGAUCCUGUUCUCCCACGUUUUAGUUCAGAUGUUGAUCAUGAUGCUGCAGUCAGGAAUGGUGAUGCUCCUUGGUUUCCUGGUCUUCGGUCUGACCAUUAAAGGACCUGUAGGAUGGGUUAUCUGCUUAACUGUGAUGACUGGACUCUGUGGCAUGACUUUCGGUUUUGUAGUAUCCACAAUCUGCGACACAGACAGAACUGCUACGUACCUCGCUCUCGGAUCUUUCCUGCCCAUGGUGAUGCUUUGCGGAAUCAUCUGGCCUAUUGAAGGUAUGCACGUAAUACUCCAAUGGGUCAGCUACUUCCUCCCUCUCACUCUAUCCACUGAGGGUCUUCGCUCCAUGCUGCAAAGAGGUUGGAGUGUUAACAGUCCGACAGUCUAUGCUGGCUUCAUCUCUGUCACCACCUGGAUUGCAGUCUACUUAACAACAAGUAUCCUACUCCUCAAAUUCAAGAAGGGCUGAAGUCCGUCUUCCAAUAGUUAGAUUUCAAAUUGCUCAAUGUUUAGUGUAGUUUAUUUGCCAUAGUUUUAAGAUUGGUGUGUGACUAGUGAAUGAGUAGUUUAUCUUUUAAAGGAUUUGAAACUUUGUAUUCUGGUAAAUGUGGUUGAUUUUUGCAAUGGUUAGGAUCCUUUAAAUGAUAAAAUUGAUAAUGCUUCUGGGAAUUUGGUAA